UUUAACAGCGAACCAUAAAGCACUGUGCCACAACAGGUCUUUCUGAUUCACUAUGAGCAAGUUGGACAUGUGACCUCCUGCCCCUCUUCUCCCCUCCAUGUUAAACUGGUUAAACACAUGUUUGCUUUUUUACUAUUUAUACCAUCCUACUUGUCACACAGGGGUAUCUUUCAAACUGGACCCCCAUUCUGCACACCCCUGUGUGAGAGUCUCCCCUAGCGGUCUGACAGUGCACUACCUCGAGCAGGGCUCCCUGGAGCUAGGCUGCAGUUCAAACGGAGACCAGGAGGGGGCAGAUGCCGCUUGCUCUUCACUCCUGCCGUGCGUCCUAGCGGAUAUCAACAUGGACUGGGGCCUCUGCUACUGGGAAGUGGACGUGUGUAACAGCAGAUUCUACAGGAUAGGGGUGUCGUUGUGGGACGGCUCUCGCUCAUGGUGGCUGUGUCGGGAGGGCUCCUCGUUCUCGGCUCUCUACGAUGGUGCUGAGGAGGUGGUAGAGUCCAUUCCCCCGCAGGUGAAGACCCUGGGGGUGUGUCUGAACCACACAGGGGGCACGCUGAGCUUCCACAAUGCCCUGGCACAGGAGCACAUCGCCACCCUGCCCACAAGCUUCGGGGGAGUGGUCCGGCCAGCCCUCUCCCUCUCCCAGGGCAAGCUGACUGUGCGCUGUGGGCUGCCAGUCCCCCCCCAUGUCUUCGCCAGCCGUCGCUCUGCAUACAGGGGUGCCAGGGGGGCAGGGGAGCGCUGGAUCCAGGAUGUCCCCUUCCAGCCCGUCCUCUCCUUCAUCCAGAAGUUCGAAGAGCUCUCCGCCACCGACUCCGACUCCGGCCUCGUUUCCACCUUCGGAUCCUCCUCCACUCUCAACUCCUGGUCCUCCAGCGUCGACCCCUCUGUGCUCAGUGACAUCCGGGGGGGAGUCAGAGCUGCGGAGCACUGACAGAGAACAAUCUCCUUGCCUAUCCACAGAGCAGGAGCACUCAUGGAAGCUGUUGUAUGCCUCAACUCUGGGGGCGUUCAGUGCUUACACAUGUUCAAUAAUCAAUCUGGCCUCUCUAAGUGCCAGUCUGCCAUGGUGCCUGGUAGAGUUGACUGCAAUGGAGGAAUCUCGGUGGAUGUUUUCUGUUAAAUUCUUCCCCUCUUGUAUAUCCAGCCCCCCAAGUGUAACUGUGGAGCUGUAAGAAGAGACAUUAGCAAUGAUGUGAUUUUCCCACUGGCACUUUCCAAGCACACACCCACUUGAAGUCAAUAACCCUACGCUCCAACUUCCUGCCAAAACAUUUUGGAGAAUUGGAGCAAUUACUGGGAGAACGGUCAGAGUUCUGGGCCUAGUUUGACACAGGAGAUUUGCAGCUGGGAAUGUGCAGCACUCACUUUGAUUUAUUCAAAUGUCUACAUGUAAUUAAAAAAAAUGAUGUGUAUCGUGGAACACAAGAUCUCAAUUGAAAUGGCUUAAAAGUACAUCAAUCCAGAUCAAAAAUGAAAGCGCACAACUAUGAGAGUUUGAAUGGCUUAGUGUUGAUGUAAUGUUGUGGGAUCAGCACUAGAGGGCUCCCAAGGGUAUGUCAGUGAGCUCAUGCGGCGAUGCAAGGGAGCAGAUACGGUACAGCACAGUUAAGUGUAGCAUACUGCCACUGGUACAUAACUACAUUGAGCUUUAGUAUUUUAUGUACCUGCGCUAUCUUUUAAGGAAAUGCAUUGACUUUGUGUACAUCAUUUUCAAAUAAAAAAAAACAUU